AUGUAUAGAAAUUUGUUUGUUUCCACAGCCAACAACAACACUGAUAGCACUCAAACACCAUCCAUUGAUGUCCAAGCACCAGCCCCAGCCUCAACUCCAAACUCAGCCACAUCAUCAAAUGAUGCCCCACAACCACAGCCACAACCACAGGCACAGCCAGCCGUGACACCAAAGGAUUCGGCACCAUCGACUUCGAGCUCACCAUCAAACAGCUCGUUUUUCUCUGCGUCUGCUUCGUCGUCGGCAUCGGCCACAGCACCAAGCGUAACAGUCACCGCACCAACACUGGCACAGAGCGUCCUGCAACAGUCACCAUCAACGGCCAGAGCAUCACCAGUCACCGUGUUGUCCACAUCAUCCAACACUCCUCAAAACACAUCUGCGUCGUCACUCUCAUCAAACUCACCAACCUCUUCGCCAAACACCAGUACUCAAAGUCUCAGUGUGGUGGCUGCACCUGGCACUGCUGGCACAUCGACAGCAUCCAACAUCCUCUCAUUGAGUGCAUCUCAGGCAGCCAUCCAAAACACUUAUCAUGCCGAGGAAGUGCAGUUUGCACUUGAGAACAAGAAGACAUUGAAGCGUUUGCUCAAGAUAUCCAAGCAUUGGAAUGAGUCCAUGAAGUCAUACUGCCAACAAUGCCAUCUAUUCUCUGAUGAGAUGCUCAAGCAGUCUGAACAGAUGAUCACAUUUGCUCAGCCCAAGGAGAAGAGUCUUGGUGGCAACCUGGCGCACUUUGGAAAUGCCCUUCGUUCAGUCAACGGUGUUCACGAUCAAAUGUUGAACGAGAUACAAGAUGUCUUCUCGACACCUGUAGCCAACUUUGUUGACUACGACUUUGCCGAAGUGGUAGAGUCACACAAGCGUGUGACCAAAUCCAAGGAGGACUAUGAUACAUCGCUCGGUAAGAUAUCAGCGUCGAUCAAGAAGUCCAAGACGGGCAUCGACGAGACCAAACUGAUCAACUACGAGACCGAGCUUGAGAAGCUCAAAGAGGUGCUCGAGUCGCAGAACAAGGAGUUGGGCAUCAAGCUCAAUGAUCUCUCCUACAAGAACGAGACCAAGUAUCUGCGCGCUGUACUACACUUUAUCAACGCCCAGUACCUAUUCUUCACUCGUGGCGCCAAGCUACUUGGCGACCUAAAGCCCAAGAUCGAGGACAUUGAGCGCUACCUCGAGGAGAUCCAGCCACCCAAGGUGGUCGAGGGUCAUCUCAUGAAGAAGAGCAAGCAAGUGAUGGGAGGUUGGAACAAGUGUUGGUACGUGCUCAAGGAUGGCAUGUUGUACUGUUACAAAGGAAAGAAGGAAUUCCAUCCAGAGAAUGCAUUGAAUAUACUUCUGUGCUCGGUUAGAGUGCCACAACAGAUAUUGGUGACGGUGCCAACGCAGGCCACCAACACAUUGUCGACAUCGUCCAAGGAGCAGACUGGUACGGUCGACUACCGCUUCGAAAUAUUGCACCCAAGGAAGAAGUUGCCAAUCGUGCUGCAGGCAGAGAGCGAGGAGGAGCGCGAUCGUUGGGUGACGGCCAUUCAAGAGGCCAUCUCCAACUCACUAAACAGCCAGACGCUCGACAAGCGCACUGGCAACAUGAGCUCGAGCGGUGUCACGCAGCUUGGCAAGUCCAAUGCCAAUCUGCCCACACCCAGCCAGACGCCCGAUGAGAUCAACCAGCAGGUUGUACGCAUUAUCCAAAAGGCUGCUGGCAAUAACGUCUGCGCAGACUGCACCAGCGCGGACCCAGACUGGGCCUCCAUCAACAUGGGUGUUUUGAUCUGCAAGGGCUGCAGCGGUGUGCACAGGAGUCUUGGCACACACAUCUCCAAGGUGCGCUCGCUCACACUGGACAAGUGGUCGCCAGAGAGCAUCUACUUUAUGCGCGAGGUUGGCAACAGCAAGUUCAACGUUAUCUACGAGCACUCAUUGUCGGACCAGGUCAAGCCCACAGAGAAAUGCGACCGCGCCGUCAAGGAGGCCUACAUCAAGGCCAAGUACCAGACUCGCGACUUUAUGAUCAAGUCGACUCUGUCUGUUGAGGAGCUCAGCAAGGUUCUCUACGAGAUGACAUCGACCUCGAACGUUGGCACACCCGUCGACAUUAGCCGCUACCUCAAGGUGUUGGGCCAGGGCGCCGACGUCAACUACGCCGACCAGAGCGGACGCACCAACCUUCACCAGCUGAUCUGGCGCACAGACGAUGUGACCGUGCUGGAGCUGCUGUUGCAGCGUGGCGCCAACAUCACAAUGGUGGACUCGCGCGGCUGGACUCCCAUGCAUUACGCCGCCUUUUUCAACCGUCCCCGCUGUGCAUCGCUCCUGAUCAAACGUGGCUUUGACGCGGCAAUCCGCGCCAAGAGUAUCGACCAUCUGGGCCGCUCGGCACUCGACCUUGCCAAGCUCAACAAGUCCAAGGAGGCCGAGCAGGUGCUCAAGGGCGAGGUGCACGACUUUGGUCUCACGGUCGACGCCAUCGAGGCUGGCACAGUUGUACCAUAUGAGACCUCACUGCCCAACAGCACCGACUUCCCACGCGAGGAGAUCCUCAGCGAGGACGAGGACGACAAGUAUACAGUAGAGAACGAGGCCGAGUCCAGCUGGAGCGAGAGCGAGCGGGACAGCGUUGGCCGGGCCAGCUUUUCUUCACCCGAUGGACCUACAGCUUCGUCCAUCAACAACACCGAUUCUUCAACAAACACAAACAACAACAACAAUGUACCAUCAUCCUUCACCAUCAGCACCAGCAGCACCAGCAACUCCCUAACGGCCAGUCGCGAUGGCAGCUCCACGCACGCCAAGCCACCCCUGGCUGGUGGCUCCCCAAGCCUCACAUCAACUUCACCCAGCGCCCAGGACGACUCGCUGCAGCUCCCACCACAUCUGCAAGACAAGCUCAACCGACCAAAGUCGGCCAAGAGGCGACCAUCCAUCAUUGGCAAGGGCCGCAACACAUUGCGACUCGUUCGUAGCAAGCUUAGUUUGUCCACCAAGAUGGAUGCACCAGACUUGGAGGCGACCAAGAUCGAGGAGGAGGCUGAGGACGACUUGACUGAGGACAACAUCGGCGAAGACACACCCUUGACCUCGGCACCAGCCACUCCACCAAUUAUCUCGACUACCGAUACCAACAACAGUAACAGUGGCGCAACCACACCAAUCGUGGAGGCACAGCCAGUGUCUGCUGCUCUACCACGAUCAGCGUCCGUGGACAAUAUCAAUCAGAAGCAGCAACCAGACACCAUUCAGCAGGUCAAGAGUUCAAACGACUUGACCAGUGGCGGCCAUGAUGAUGGACAUUCAACACAGCACCAGCAGCAGCAACAGAAGUUGUCGCCAGCACCAUUCAAAGCGAUCUUUAGCAAGUUCAAGGGCAUGACAAACAAGAAGCACAAGGACGAGGCGUCGCCCACGGCAUCACCAUCGAGCCCCAGCGCAAAUGCUGAGCAGUUGGUGGACAUCCCCGACAAUGUAUCAAUCAGCAGUGAAUCGUCCACAUCGGCCAAGUCCAACGACCAUUCCUUCUUUGGCACCAAGUCUGACUUUUUGAGGAAGAAGAAGAAGAAGCCUACGCCAGCCACUAGUGGACCAUCGUCGCCAACCGAUCAAUCGCCAGCCGCCAGUCCAAUGACAACGUCUGCAACAACAACAACAGCGCCACUACCACCACCAACCAGCAGUCCAAGCCUUGUGUCUGUCGCCCCAACGUCCUCGGUCGUCACCACACCAGUCCCUCCUGCCACGGCAGCACCUUCAACGGCCGCCGCUGCCACAGAUGACACCUGUUCGACAUCGUCCACGACUUCAAUCGCAACAUCCACCUAA